AUUUGAACUUUUUUAUCAUCUGUAUUUUUUUUUUUCCUUCUGUGAUCGUCCAUGCUCUUUAUACAUUUGCUUUAUUCAGAGGUUCAUUGAUUUGAAUCAAGAUAUUAAACGUUCUCUGUCCUAUACACCCAAAUAUUCCCAUCCCCUCUCAGGUAAUUUCACCUCUUUUUGUUUACAGUGCGGGGCGGUGGGGUUGGGUGUGAGGUAGCAAGAGGGCAGACGUACAGCUGCUUUCCAUCCCAGGAGUCAACCCCAUGUCUCACUGCCUAGGAUAACAGCGAAUAAUACGAGGUUCAUUUUAUAACUGUGAUUGGUGUUCACUUCGGGAAACCCAUCUUCGCAAACUUUGGUCCGCCGCGAUCGCUAAGUUGAUCAGCAGUCCGGCGACUCCCAGGAGGCUGGGGCUGCCCGGGCCCCGCGCGCCCGCGGCCGCCGCCACCCCCGCCGCCCCUGGGGCGCGCGCCUGUGCCCAGCCCCCGCCUGCACCGCCGCGCCGCUCCGGAGCCGGGCUGCGGUCACCGAGCGCCCGGGCACGGAUGCGGGCGCCUGCCCGGGGUCGGCCAGGAGAGCGCGAGCCGGGCGCCGGGGGCUUCGCGCCGGCUGCCAGGGCCCGGCGCGCUCGGCUGGGAAACUUCUCCGGGCGCGAGGCCGGAGCUCAGCGCGGGGCCGGGGAAGGCCAGGAAACCACAAAAUAUUUCUGGGCUAGUUCUAAAUCAGGAGCCCAGAUGAACUUAAGGAUGCUAGCAUGGGAUUCUUAGUUUUUCAAGAUCCGUACACACCAAACCCUUAAUCACCCCAACUCCAGUGUCCGGGCUUUCUCUGGUUUUGUGAAGACUGAGCAAAACUCUGAUGAUGGAAAAGCAAAGGACUUAAUUACUUGCUUCGAUAUCAUUUAACAUCAACUGAGAAGUGCACCAGACGGUAGUACAGCCAUGGAAAGAAAUUCAAGUUUAUGGAAGAACCUAAUAGAUGAACACCCAGUCUGCACCAUCUGGAAGCAAGAGGCCGAAGGAGCCAUCUAUCAUCUUGCCAGUAUUUUAUUUGUAGUAGGUUUCAUGGGUGGCAGUGGAUUCUUCGGGCUCCUUUACGUCUUCAGUUUGCUGGGGUUGGGUUUUCUCUGUUCUGCUAUCUGGGCUUGGGUAGAUGUCUGUGCAGCUGACAUAUUUUCCUGGAAUUUUAUAUUGUUUGUCAUCUGCUUCAUGCGGUUCGUUCACAUCGCCUAUCAAGUUCGCAGCAUAACCUUUGCGCGAGAAUUUCAGCUGUUGUACAGCUCCCUCUUCCAGCCUCUGGGGACCUCUUUGCCUGACUUCAGAACUAUUGCUAUGAGCUCAGAAGUGGUUACUUUGGAAAAGGAGCACUGUUAUGCCAUGCAGGGGAAAACCUCCAUUGACAAACUCUCCCUGCUUGUUUCAGGAAGGAUCAGAGUGACAGUUGAUGGCGAAUUUCUGCAUUACAUCUUCCCCUUCCAGUUCCUGGAUUCUCCUGAAUGGGACUCACUGAAACCCACAGAGGAAGGCAUUUUUCAGGUAACGCUCACAGCAGAAACUGACUGUCGAUAUGUGUCCUGGAGGAGAAAGAAAUUGUACUUGCUCUUGGCUCAGCAUCGUUACAUCUCCCGCCUGUUUUCAGUUUUAAUUGGCAGUGACAUUGCAGAUAAACUCUAUGCCUUGAAUGACAGGGUAUACAUAGGAAAAAGAUACCAUUACGAUAUCCGGUUACCCAACUUCUAUCAAAUGUCAAGUCCUGAAACGUCCAGAUCAACCCUGACAGAACAUUUUCAGAAUUCCAGACGACAUUGUGAUAAAUGACACCGAAGCCUGCAGUUUUAUAACGAUAAAAGACUCUCUUCAUCACUCCCCGAAUGAAAUAGCAAAAUACAGAAAAUUGAGCUCACUAAUAUUUUUAUAAAUCCAACCCAGAGGCGAGAUGCCACUGCCAGCUGUUUCAUUCAUCUCAAUGUGUGCAUUGUGAAGACAUUUUACAAGUUUUUUUUCUGUAUUUCUCAUUGGAAUAUAUGGGGGGGCGGUGAGUAACUGUGGGCAGUUUGUCCUUUUCUGCAUCAGCACUGGGAGAAUGCAAUUUUGCGUUCUCAAAUAUGUCCUCAGACUUAUUCAAAUCUGCUGCCUUGCCCUACUGAGUUAGUUAGGUGUUGCUUCUCAAGAAGCAGCCAGUAAGUACUCUCAGCAGGAGAGUGGGUAGCUACUGUCCACACCAGUGUUUCCAGAAUUCACUUUUUGCUACAACCUCUGAUGAAAGCAACAUGUGUUAUUGUGGUGAGCAGCACUUACUUAUUUUAAAUGUGAAGUUAUUUAAUAUGACUAGAAAGCAGAAUAAAUGCAAGAGGUAACAGUAUGCCAAU